GACCCCUAAAAAACCAAACAUACACAAUGGAGCCAUUUUCCUUCUAACAUUCUGCUGAAUGACCUUUUAGGUUGUAAAUCAUCUGCCCUCCACAAAUCCUUGGAUUCCUUGACGAUUAUUCUGUUCUUUUGUUUGUAGGGCGGUACUCGGGAUCAAACUCGGGACCUUGCGCUUGCAAGCCACUCUCACCUAUGACACGCUCCGGUUUGCUGAGUUUGAAGAUUUCCCCGAGACCUCUGAGCCUGUUUGGAUCCUGGGCAGAAAAUACAGCAUCUUCACAGAGAAGGAUGAGAUCUUGUCUGAUGUGGCAUCCAGACUGUGGUUUACAUACAGGAGAAACUUCCCAGCCAUCGGGGGAACUGGCCCUACCUCUGACACAGGCUGGGGCUGCAUGCUCCGGUGUGGACAGAUGAUCUUUGCACAGGCCCUGGUGUGCCGGCACUUAGGGCGAGACUGGAGGUGGGCACAACGGAAGAGGCAGCCUGACAGCUACUUCAGCGUCCUCAAUGCUUUCCUUGACAGAAAGGACAGCUACUACUCUAUCCACCAGAUAGCGCAAAUGGGAGUUGGCGAAGGGAAGUCCAUCGGCCAGUGGUACGGCCCAAACACCGUCGCCCAGGUGCUCAAGUACGUGCUGAGCUGCAGCCCGUUGCCCUUGGUGUUCACACUCUGGGCUCUCCUGGACAAGGGGAACAAGGGGCUCCAAGAGGGUCCUCAGAGGAAGCUUGCUGUGUUCGACACGUGGAGCUCCUUGGCGGUUCACGUAGCGAUGGACAAUACUGUGGUGAUGGAGGAGAUCAGGAGGUUGUGCAGGUCCAGCCUUCCGUGUUCCGGGGCUGCUGCGCUUCCCGCGGAUGCUGACCGGCACUGUAAUGGCUUCCCCGCUCCAAUGGAGGUCACCAGUAGGCCAUCACCCUCGCCAUCGCCAUGGAGACCCCUGGUGCUUCUCAUCCCCCUGCGGCUGGGGCUCACAGACAUCAACGAGGCCUACGUGGAGACGCUGAAGCGCUGUUUCAUGAUGCCCCAGUCCCUGGGUGUCAUCGGAGGGAAGCCCAACAGUGCCCACUACUUUAUCGGCUAUGUUGGCAAAGAGCUCAUCUACCUGGACCCUCAUACCACACAGCCGGCAGUGGAGUUGACGGAUGGCUGCUUCAUCCCUGACGAGACCUUCCACUGUCAGCACCCGCCCUGCAGGAUGGGCAUUGGGGAGCUGGACCCGUCCAUCGCUGUGGGGUUUUUCUGUAAGACUGAGGACGACUUUCGUGACUGGUGCCAGCAAGUCAGAAAGCUGUCCCUGCAGGGGGGCGCCCUGCCCAUGUUCGAGCUCGUAGAGCAGCAGCCUUCCCACCUGGCCUGCCCCGACGUCCUGAACCUGUCCCUCGAUUCUUCUGACGUGGAGCGAUUGGAAAGAUUCUUUGAUUCAGAAGAUGAAGACUUUGAAAUCUUGUCCCUCUGAGGGUCUUGGGGUUAGAGGGCGGCUUCCGUGGCCCUUGUUGGGGUGCCUUGGAGAACCUAGCCUGCCCCAGGCGCUCGGUGCCGCCGCAUUCCAUCCACCCAGCCGGCCCCUGCUGAGGCCCGCGCCCAUGCUGCCCGGGACGCCGUACGCUUCGAGCCAGCCGCCAGCCCAGAGCGUGCCUCCGGCCAUCUGCAGGAAGCUCAGUGUGGAGGGCCUGGAGCUCAGCGUUCUCUGCUUGGCACUGCCGGCCUUGCAUCCCCACACUGGCUUUGGCCCUGCUCUCCUGGGCACUGGGUCUGUGGUUGGUUUGGAAUUAAAGCCCUGUUUGGAGUUGUUCAACACAGACACGAGUUUCUGAGCCACUUCCCAGGUCAGUCUUGGAAGCCUUGCAGUUUGUGUGUGCAGAGCAAGGGCCAUGUGUGGCUUUGUGAGGGGCAGAGUGAGCUCAGCUGCACCCUCUCUGCCCACGAGGUUACCAAGGGCUACUCCGGGAGAGCAGGUGGAGAGAGCUCAAGAGUGGACACUUGGGAAGCCAGAGGCUUUAAGUGCCCGGAACCAGGUGCGAGUCCUAGAGCCAGCCCUCAGAGCACUUCCUCGGGUUUGGCUUCCGUCUCCGGGGGCUGAAGCAUUUGGAGACCCACUCCCUGCUGCUGUCCGCUCAGACCAGUUCCCCUGAACAGUUCUGCCCGGGCACUGCGACUGAUGGGAUGGAGCACCCCGGCACCCACGUCGCUUUCCUUUCUCAGUUGCUGGGCAGGGUGGGCAGCUGAGCACCCAGCACUCGAAGGUGAAGUGCCCAGACCUCCUCGUGCUCAUUUCAGCGUCUGCCACCUCUUACCAGUUUCCUGGCCCUCAGACCUUGCUGCUUGGGCCUGUGGCCUGACCUCCUGCUAGCAGGUGUAGCUGGGGUUGGGGGACCUAGGUUGGCCACGUGGGCGUCUUUGGGGCCAGGCAGGACUGGAGGAGCCCAAGGUGGGCGUCUCAGCUGUGGCCAUGCAUGGCCGCACCACGACGCCCACAGAGGCAGCAGGAGGCACUCCAGACCCCAGGUGCUGAAGGCAUAAUUUAUUUCCUUACUCUUCUCCCUUUGCUCUCUGUGCUUCCUCUCCUUACUGUAGCUGUGGGUGGGGUGGGUAGCAGGGAGGGCUGGGACCAUUUCCAUUCCUUUGGAUUCUGCUUCCUGCACUGCCGCAGCCCUGCUGCUGGUUCCUAAGGUCGGGGACAGAGCAUCCAAGGAGCCACCUGCCACAUCUGGAGAAGGCUGACUUAGGAGGUGGUUCAUCCUCAGUAGUGUAGUUCACAGUUCUUAAUGGCAAAUAACAAGUUUCCGUAGAAAACAAA